CCAGUGCCAGUCGCUAGGCAUUCACCGAUCCGGUCCAGUUUAUUCCCAUCUCUCUCUGUCGUGUCAGUUUUCUCUUUCCAGCAACAUGGCAGACAUCUCAAAGGACGAUCUUCGCAAAGAAAUUGCCGCGAUCUUGAAAGACGCUGACUUGUCAUCAACAUCAGCCAAGAAAGUGAGACAAGAGCUGGAAGAAAAGCUCGACGCCAACUUACAGUCAAGAAAGAAAGAAAUCGACGACUUAGUCAUGGAGUUUGUCAGCGCCAAACAGGAAAAGAAGGGUAAGAAGGCUGAAUCUGAAGAAGAAGAGGAGGAGGAGGAAGAAGAAGAGGAGGAAGAGGAGGACUCCGAAAGUGACAAGAAAAAGAAGCGAUCUUCCGCAGGUAAGAAACCCGCCGCCAAAAAAGCCAAGAAGGGUUCCGAGGAGGAGUCUGCCAGCGAGCAGAGCGAAGGCGAUUCAGAAGAGGAAUAUUCCCCCAAGAAGUCCAAACCCAUCAAGACACGCAAGCUGCCACCCAAGAAGAAGAAGGGAUCUGAGUCUGAUUCCGAUGAAGACUGGGCCAAAUCGAAGAAGGGAAAGAAAGGCGGCGGUGCCAGGAAGGGAGGCAGCGGCUACACAAAAACCAUGACCCUCUCCCCCGAACUGGCGGCUCUGGUCGGGCAGGAUUCCAUGGCCAGACACGAGGUGGUGAAGAAGGUCUGGGCGAUAAUCAAAGAGAAGGAUCUCUACGAUCCCAAGAACAAACAGUACGCCAUCUGCGACGACGCUCUGAUGAAGGUAAUCGGCGUCAAACGCUUCAGAACGUUUGGCAUGAUGAAGUAUCUCAAGAACCACUUCAUCAGUUAAGCUGUCGAGCCUCCGUUUCGCGUCUAGCCAGCGCCUCGUUUGUUACAGUAUAUUUUGUCUUAUUUUCUACCCAGUUUAUUCCAAAUAGAAAACGUAGUUCGGUGUUCGUACCAUGUUGCGCUGGCUGGCGCAGAUUAAGUGUUUAUAGAGAGAAUUUUUAAAUAUUUUUAUUAUAAGCCCGUUUUUGAACUGACUGUAGGUUUAAGUUUCAUGGAUUAUUUAAUUUUUUUUUGUAUGGAGACACUGUAGUUUCAUAUGUGUAAAUGAUGCACCUGUAUAUGUUUUGUCCAAAUUAACAUGUAUGGAUUAUUAAGAUUUAUAUUCAAUAAAAGUAUUAAAAUACGUA